AGCGAACGCCCUGCUGCGUGCUGGAAGACGCUCUGCGCUUUGCCGGCCCUUGCUGUGCUGAAGAUGUGUGCGUUCCCUAGACUACUCUUCCCCAACGAAGAAUGGGGUAACACAGCCACCGACACGCAACUCGAUAACAACGUCUCACAAGUGUCCGAUCUCCAAGACAAGAUUCAAACCCUGUCUACGCAAAAUGCCGACCGAGGUGGUACCACGGGUGGAUUUCUUUAUGUACCCGACCUAGAAGCGCACAGCGAAUGCUAUAACGUCUCCACAGCAUACGUACCAACCAAUGCCACUAGACAAGCCAACCUACCCCCAACAGACUUCACUCUAAUAGCCGUCGCUCCUUGGAUCAAUGUUGAAUGCACCCGAGAAUAUAUGGGUGCCGCACGUCAAGACCCAAAUCGAGCAUUUAUAUUCUAUCUUCCUGACAAUGACACAACUACGCCUCCGUCGCCUUCCGAUCCAGUUUGGAAUCUCCAGGAUGGUGGUGCCUGGAAGACAAAGACUCAGUAUCCAGUAUAUACAAUUCCUGGAUAUUAUGGUGACCGGCUGAUGCAUGCACUGAGUCUUUACUCAGGAAACAUGACAAGUGUUCCUUACGGCCACCAAAUAUCAGAGCUUCCUGGUAUAGAUCCUCGAAGCUACGUCCGGCUAUACACCGUCAUCGACAACUCAAAUUCAUCAACUCUGCCCCAAUUUUGGGUUUUCUUGCUUCUUGUAAUUGCAGUCCUCGUUGUUAUUCUGGGAUCUACCUCAGCCGCUAUGCAUCUCAUCCAAAGAUGGCGGCGUCAUUCUCUCCGCCGCCGGGUGGCGAGUGGAGAAGUCAAUCUCGAGGCCCUUGGAAUUAAACGUCUUGCCGUACCACAUAGCCUCAUUGAUCGACUUCCUCUCUUUAUAUAUAACGACGAAAACGAAACAUCGCUUCCGCCAUCUCCUUUACAUAAGAGAAGUCUGACUGCUGCCACCACUGAGCGACAUCUCCCAACAAACUUCUCGGCCGGUACAACUUCCCAAUCAGAAUUUCGAGAUCAUGGGACAGCUAUACCCCGGGAACUGAUUCUAGUUGACGGCCGUGCUUCUACUCCAGACUCGUAUUUUGUCCAUAAGUUCUUGCCAUAUUCACAACCUACCUGUCAUAUAUGUGACGAUGAUUUUGAAGUGGGUGUAACAGAAAUCAGGGAACUUCCCUGUGGCCAUAUAUUUCAUCCAGACUGCAUCGACACUUUCUUGGGAUCGAGCAGUUCACUCUGUCCCGUAUGCAAGCAGAGUGCAUUACUUCCCGGUUAUUGCCCAACCAAAAUAACUAAUGCGAUGGUUCGUCGUGAACGAAAUCUGCGAAGAUUACGGCAUAGGAUAACACUCUACGACGGAAGUACAAGAGCAGAAUCAAGUACAGUAUGGGGUCGGAUAAAGAAUAUAAAUUGGAAGCUGGAGAAUAAUCCUAUGUCUAAUCAGCAGUCGAGUCAGGAAUUAUCGCCGAUGCCAGAGGCACAGCAAGUGUUCAUAACAAACGCUCUGCCCACACAACCUCGAGCCUCGGUCCUUGGUCAGGAAAUACCACAUGGUCCUACACGACAAGAGAUAGUGGGGCAGAGGAUACGAGAGAUAGCAGCAUCUCAGACUCCAAUUCAAGAUCCGGAUGAGGCUAGUGAGCGACAGCAGCGUCCAAAAUGGAAGCAAACUCUGUCAAAGGCAUUCCCUGGUUUCACGUAA